AUGGCCCUCACCCGAGCAAAGUUGACCCUGGCUGAGGCCCUGGACUUUGUGCCAGCGUUAGCCUCCAUUGUCCUAGCGGGCUUCUAUGCCCUUCUGACGGGUCUUUGGCGUACAGAACGCCAGGCAAAGACCCUGUUCCUGCAUUUUGGCUAUGCGAUCUUCCGCCAGGCUACUGCCCGGCUCUCGCCCCGGCAGCUCCAAUUCAUCCUGCCACCCACAAACAAGAUCUACGAGCGGUAUGCGCGGAAGAGCGGCCAGGUUGCCGAGACUGUGGAAUUGGAACACGGGGGCCUGGGCCAUUGGGUUGGCGACCGCAAUGCGACCAACGUGAUUGUUUGGUACCAUGGUGGCGGUUUCAACUUGCCUGCCAACGAAGGCCACUUCAAAUUCUUUGCUCAGAUCAUUCGUGAUCUUGAGCGUGUCGGCAAGAGCGUCGCCAUCUUCUCGCUCACGUAUACCCUUGCCCCGACGGCAAUCUACCCUGCCCAACUACGGCAAGCAGUGUCAGCUCUGCGCCAUGUCAUCGUCGAACAGAAGCGGGAUCCCGCCAAUGUCUUCCUGGCCGGUGAAUCGGCGGGCGGCAACCUGGCCUGCGGUGUGCUUUCGCACAUUGCUCACCCACACCCGGAAAUUGAGCCUUUGACUCUGAGCAGCAAGCUUGCUGGAGCGAUUUUGAUUGCGCCAUGGACACUCCUUGACACUGAAUUCCCGGAUCAGGAGAUUUACCAUGGCGGCGAUCUUAUCACACAGGCAGUCGCCGUUCCCUGGGCCUCAUCUUAUUUGGGAGAUGCCAAACGUGAUUACUACACUGAUUUAUCUAAUGCCCCAACAGAGUGGUUCAAAUCCUUACCUGUGCAUCACAUCCUGAUUACCGCCGGAGGUAAUGAGAUCCUGUUGCCUCUCAUCCUUGACUUCGCUGAGAAGCUCAAGACCGGGUUUCCUAACGUCGAACUGUUCGUUGGAAAGCGCGAAUGUCACGUUGCUCCCGUUUAUAACCUAGAGCUUGGUGACAACACCGAGACUGAGCAAGGAAAGAAGGUCAAAUCGUGGUUGAGUGAACUUGCUUAA